GCUACAUGAACUACGUGCUAGCUCAGGCUUUGCUAUGUCUGUGCUUGAAAACCGAGAUGAGCAGCAAUGAAAUUUGUUUGCUUCUUGGAGCGACUGGUGUCGGAAAAACGUUGCUGCUGAAACGUCUACAAAAGCUCAGUCUGCAUGGAUUAGGUGAACUGGGGGGACCUCCUUCUACUCUGCCUACUGUAGGGACCAACCUGACAGACCUGACACUGAAGAAGAAGAAGGUGACAUUAAGAGAGCUGGGAGGCUGCAUGGGCCCUAUAUGGCCGAGUUACUUCAAAGACUGCUCCUCUGUCAUUUUCAUGGUGGACUCAGCCAACAUUGCUCAGAUAUCCUCCUCCUGUGUCCAGCUGCUGUCAGUACUUUCUGCUGAGCCUCUGCAAAGUGCCUCUGUGCUUAUUCUGUUCAACAAGAGCGACUUGCCUUGCACUUUGAGUCUCGUAGAGAUGAAGUCCCUGUUCAGAAUGGAUGACAUCAUUGCAUCUGCGCCUCAGCCAAUCACAACAAUGGAAAUCAGUGCCCGCUCUGGACAGGGACUUCAGGAGGUGCUGAGCUGGCUGGAGUCCAUCAUAGUCAAGUGAACUAUUGUAUGUUUGUUCCCUAUAACGUGAUGCUACUCUCACAGGACUUGGGAAUCUCACAGGCAAGCCUGUUGCCAAGAGAUGUCAGUAUCCUCAGUGUGCAAAGACUGUUAACACACAAUUUUAAAGAUGUGUUUGAUGCUGGACUCACUGAAAAACUGUUGGUGUAUCUUUGGUACCACAUAACAAUGGUGACUGACUGUUUAUCAGGGUGAAUGAGGUAGGAGAUGUUUUAGUGGGAUGAUGGCAAGAUGGAAUGAUUGUGUGGUUGACCUUUUCACAUUUGUUAAAUCGACACUACUGUAGGUCUUACCUUCAGUUAACAACUAUUUAUACUGGUCACUUUUACCAAUCAAAUUCUGCACACGUAAACAGUGAACUACUGAGAUUCAUGAUGAUCCUCAUGUGCAAGAAGUAGAGGGGUAGAAAGCAGGGAAGGGGCCAUUUUAAGUCGCAGGACACUGUACUGUGUUUGAAAUGAUACAAUGAUGGUCUCUUGCUUCAUUUUAAAAUAAAAUAAGCCCUUGAACA